AUGAAGGAGCUUGGACCGGCGAAGUUUAUUCUGGGAAUGGAGAUCGACCAUGACAUGACUGCUGGAACGCUUAUGAUCAAGCAAACGCGAUACAUCGAUGAUGUGGCAAACCGGUUUGGGCAAGAAAACGCUAGGACGGUGGACAACCCGUGUGCAACCGGUCUAAAGUUGCCAAAGUCGCAAUCGCCAGCAUCGGAUGCAGAACGAAGCAAGAUGCAAUCGAGACCGUACCGCUCCUUAAUUGGAUGCCUAGUGUAUAUCACGACGUGUACUCGCCCGGACAUUGCAUUCGUAGUAACGCAACUUUCUCGUUUUCUCGAUAAUCCUGAGCAGCAGCAUUGGAGCGCUGCUAUACGUGUUCUACGCUACUUUAAGACGACCCACCAGCACGGGAUCAUCCACAAAAGUGGUACUAGCAGCGUCUCAGCUGAAGCCUACUCGGAUGCGGAAUGGGGAUAUAAUCUCGACGACAGGCGUUCUGUCUCGGGUGUUAUGAUCAUGAUUGGAAACUCUCCCGUGGUGUUCAAGUCUAAGUUUCAACGAACAAUUGCCCUCAGCUCAGCGGAAGCUGGGUAUAUGGCUCUAAAGCCUAUGCGUUUAGGAAGUACUGUGGACGCGUGCGAUGCUGACGGACAUGGGAAUGGUACAAAGGAACGCUACUAUGAUCUGCAUGUAGACAUCCGUCAUCACUUCAUCCGAAAGACGAUCAAAGCCGGAACAGUUGCUCUAGCGUAUGUGGACACCAAACGUCAGUUGGCCGACAUACUGACCAAGGCUCUAGGAUCCAAGACGUUCAAGUUCCUGCGCGAUGCGAAUGGUAUCCAGUGCAAAGAAACCAAGCAGUAG